AUGGCCACGGCGGCGGCUAUAGAUGACUCAGACGACGAGUGGGAGUAUGAAUAUGACCCCACCGAAACAGAGUCGUUCUAUCUAAACCUCGACCUCACCUCCUACCACGGUCCCGUCCGCCCUCCACGCCAGCGCCAGGGUGCGCAGGACAAAGAUCAGGCUCCCCAAAACGAUGCAGGCGACGACCCCGACCUGGACGCCUUCACCCCGCUCGAAAGCGCAGAAACCAACUCUGUCGGCCGCGAGCGAAUCCAAAUACUCGGCCUCCACACGUGCAACCCGAUCGUAUCCUACCUCAACCAGAUGUUCAGUUGCUCUUGGGCCGAUCAGAUCGGCACCGAACUCCUCUUCUCCCACCCAGACACCGACCCUGACAAGGACCCUGCCUGUCCCACGCCCCUCGUCCAGGGCCCGGCAUUCGAGCUCCUCGCCGCCAACAGCGUUAAGCUGCUCGGCCGCAAAACGCGCAUCACAGCUUCGGGGGCUCCCGGAUUCGUUCACGAUGGAUCCGUGCCUUCGUCAAUGCAGACUACAGGCCCCUCCAGUGUGCCCGGUCGUCCGACGAACCUGUCGAAUCAGGCGCAGUUUAUUCGCAAGUUGCAGGAGCUGAAGCAAGCUAAGGGGGAGACGGAUACGGUCAGGACGACGUUCAGUCACCAGCGCAAUGUGAAUGUUGCUCGGCGGCUGGCGGCGUGGGCGCGGACAGAGGCACAGGUUGCUGAAAUUCGUCGGCUUAAUGAGCUGGCGGCGCACGGUAACCCGGAUGCUCUGGCGCAGUUGGAGGAACUUUUCCGCGCAUAUUGCGAUGAGGACCCGUCAGAACAGAUGUAUUCGUGA